CAUCAAUUGACACUUGUCGAAACAGAUUGUAAAUUUAAUUUCGCAAUUUCAAUUUCGCUCUUCAGAGCUUCCAAGGAAAUCCAAAGACAUAAAGAGAAUAUGGCUACUGUACCGUUAAUGUUGAUCGAAGAAGAUGUUGAACGAGGUGGCAAGGAACAAUCUGAACCUGAAAUACAAAGUGAUUUUGCAUACAGGAAUAAUGUACAUAAUGCAGAUAUCAAUAUACGAAUGGGCUUUUUACGAAAGGUUUAUGGUUUAUUAAGCAUUCAGCUCUUGAUGACAGUUGUGGUGGCUUCGGUAUUUGUAAUGAGCUCAACUGUAAAAUUAUACGUACAAGAUAACCCAUGGACUAUAGGUUUAGCAUUUUUCUUGACAAUGGGAAUUUUAAUUGGCCUGCUAAUAAAGAGAAAAGAUCAUCCUGCUAACUUAAUUCUCUUAAGUGCAUUUACAUUGGCACAGGCAUAUACUGUGGGAGUUGUAGUAUCUAUGUACGAUACCACAAUAGUCUUGGAAGCUCUCUUUAUAACACUGACAGUUUUACUCGGUUUGACAGCUUAUACUUUCCAAACUAAACGAGACUUCUCGUUUCUCGGAUUCGGAUUAUUCAUUGGGCUCUGGUGCCUUUUGAUUGGUGGCUUAAUACAAACAUUUGUAUUGGAGAACACUGCACUGGAGUUAGGUAUCAGUAUCGGAGGUGCAUUAUUGUUCUGUCUGUUUAUAGUUUUCGACACACAAGCAAUAAUGCAGUCUCUUUCGCCCGAAGAAUAUAUCUUGGCGACGAUUAAUAUUUAUUUGGACAUCAUUAAUUUAUUCCUACAUAUUUUGCGAGCGCUUGCGAUUUCGAAGCAAUAAGAUGGAAAAGAGAAAAAGUAUCACGCAUUAUUGUUUAUAGAGAACUAUUUUGUGAAAAGCACAAUCUAAUAAUAAAUAAUAAUAAAUUUUAUUUUAUGACAAUACGCGCGCAGAGGUGGAGUUCUCUCUACUCUUCAAUAUAAACAUUUAUAUUUUUAUCUAAGCAUGUAUUUCUAGUUCUUGCGUGUAACGUAUAAGAAGCAUUUUAGUAUAAA